AAAAACUCUAAAUCUAUAGUCCUUUGCCCUCACAAUGAUUACAUAAUUUAUAUUAUCCUCCAUUGUAAAUAUUGUUUAUUUAAAAAAAUAGUAGUAUUUUUAUUUCGUAGGGCAGCUACAUCUACAUUCUGUUAAACUGCAGUGUUUCGGUUUGAACUCACAGGGCCGCUGUUGACCAUAGUGUUUAUUAAACAGCACACUUAUAAUAGGGCCUCCUCUCUCACGUCCGUAUUAUGACGGAAAAACACGACGGGAAAGGAUCGCACUAGAUAUUUAUAAAAUCAGCGAAAGAAAGGUCGGCGUGAGGAGUUCAGCACUGUUGUGUGGAUUAUGCCUGGUUUGAAAUUUUUUUUCUGACUGGAAUUGAGAUCAAAAUACUUGCCCUUAACCAUCGGGUUUUUAUUGGGAAAUAUACUCGGAUAGAACAAUGACGAGGCAAGUAACGCUGUUCAUCUUUGUCCUCCCCCUCGGCUUUGUGCUCGGGCAGGUCUCAUACUCUAUUCCGGAGGAAAUGGCCAAAGGAUCUUUAAUAGGGAACAUAGCUCAUGAUUUAGGGCUACAAAUCAAACGUCUAACAUCUGGAAAAGCGCGAAUAUUCACCCGAGAUAGUGAUGAAUAUGUCGAGCUGAAAAGAGAAAGAGGAGUCCUCCUUGUUAAAGAGAGAAUUGACAGAGAGGCGCUCUGCAAGAAGACGACGCCUUGUGCUUUACAUUUUCAGAUUAUUUUAGAAAAUCCGAUUGAAUUUUAUAGUGUGGUAAUCCAGAUCACAGAUAUUAAUGAUAAUGCGCCAUCUUUUGAGAAAAGUGAAAAGAAAUUCAAAAUUAGUGAAUCAGCAGUGAUUGGAGCAAAAUUUGUCCUGGAAAGAGCUUUUGAUCUUGAUGUUGGCAUUAAUGAUCUAAAAAGCUAUACUUUAAAACCGACAGAUAAUUUUGCCCUGAAGUUGCAAAAUAAUCCUGAUGGCAAUAAAAACGUAGAGAUGGUGUUACAGAAGCCUUUAGACAGGGAGAAACAGGAGCAGAUAAACCUGGUGUUAACAGCUGUAGAUGGAGGAGAGCCGCAAAUGUCAGGAACGAUGUUGAUAGUUAUUACAGUUUUAGAUAUUAAUGAUAAUGCUCCAGUUUUUACACAACAGAUAUAUAAAGCCACUGUUACUGAAAAUUCUCCUAAGGGAACAGUUGUUGCUCUAGUUUCAGCAUCAGAUGCCGAUGAAGGUCCUAACAGUAAAAUAACAUAUUCAAUUACAAACACUUUUGAUGAUGUCAGAAAUAUAUUUGAAGUUAACGAGGACAAUGGUGAAGUGAUUUUAAUAGGAAAUACAGAUUUUGAAGAGUCAAGAAAUUAUCAGAUACAUUUACUUGCAAGUGAUGAAGGAGGACUUACAGACUCUUGCAAACUAAUUGUCGAUGUUCAAGAUACAAAUGAUAAUAACCCAGAAAUAAAAAUUAUGUCAAAGUCCACUCUAAUUGCUGAGGAUGUGAAUCUAAAUACAGUAAUUACAGUUGUAAGCAUCGAGGACAAAGACUCAGGGCAAAAUGGAAAUGUAAAAUGCUUGAUUAAUGAGAAUAUACCUUUCAUUUUAAAAUCAUCUGAAAAUAAUUUCUAUAGUUUAGUAACAGACAGUGAAUUAGACAGAGAGAUGGCCUCUGAGUAUAACAUCACAGUGACCUGCUCUGAUGAAGGAGUCCCCUCCCUCUCCAGCAGCGUCACUCUCACCUUGCAGAUCUCUGAUGUGAAUGACAACGCUCCUGUCUUUGAGAGGAGCUCCUAUGAGGCCUACAUUGUAGAAAACAACACACCAGGUCUCUCUAUAUUCACAGUGAAAGCCACAGAUGCUGACUGGAACCAGAAUGCCCGUGUUUCUUACAUACUGGAGGACUCCUCUGUUAACGGAGUACCAGUCUCCUCAUAUGUGUCCGUCAGUGCUGAUAGUGGAGUCAUCCAUGCAGUGCGCUCUUUUGACUACGAGCAGAUCAAAGAUUUCCAGUUCCGCAUCAAAGCGCAGGAUGGAGGCUCUCCUCCACUCAGCAGCAAUGUGACUGUGAAAAUGCUGAUCCAGGACCAGAACGAUAACCCUCCUCAGGUUCUGUACCCGGUCCAGACUGGUGGCUCUGUGGUGGCUGAAAUGGUGCCUCGUUCAGCAGAUGUGGGCUACCUGGUGACUAAAGUGGUGGCUGUAGAUGUGGACUCUGGACAGAACGCCUGGCUCUCCUAUAAACUGCAGAAAGCCCAGGACAGGGCGCUGUUUGAAGUGGGCUCACAGAAUGGAGAAAUAAGAACAAUCCGUCAGGUGACUGAUAAAGAUGCUGUGAAACAGAGACUGACUGUGAUAGUGGAGGACAACGGGCAGCCCUCU